AUGUCUGGUGCUUUUGCUAUCCAAGAAGGAAAUUGUUCGUCUUUCAAAUACCAAGUACCACCUUCUUGUAAGAAAGAUCCGGUGAUGGUUGAUCUGAUGCCAGAUGCAUCGCCUGAACAAGACGGAUGGUUGUUGGCUUGUUGCCAUGGUGGGAUCCUUGCUGCCUAUGCUGUUGAUCCUUCCAUGUCCAACUCAUCCUUUGAGCUUACAAUUGGCAAUUUGGAAAAGAAUUCGGCUGGUUACAAGCCUCUAAAUCUAACUCUAAUGGCUCCAGGACCUGGCUACACUUGUGUACCUUUAAAGGAUAUGAAUCCCAUAGUAUCUUUAGUUACAGCGGGACGAAGAAAAGAGCAAGUUUCAGCAAGAGUAACAAUUCAAAACUACUAUCAGUAUCGUCAUAUAGAGAAACCAGGUUGGAAACUUGGUUGGACGUGGACCAGAAAUGAGGUCAUUUGGUCAAUGUCUGGUGCUUUUGCCAUCAAACAAGGAAAUUGUGCAUCCUUCAAAUACCAAAUACCACAUUCUUGUAGGAAAGAUCCUGUAAUAGUUGAUCUGAUGCCAGACGCAUUGCCACAAAACAGAUCGAACGGUUGCUGCCAUGGUGGGGUCCUUGCUGCCUAUGCUGUCAAUCCUUCCCUGUCCAACACAUCAUUUGAGGUUACAGUUGGAAAUUUGGAACAGAACACACCAGGGUACAAGCCUCUAAAUCUUACUCUAAAGGGCCCAGGACCUGGUUAUACUUGUGACCAGCUGGUGGACACAAUUCCUACAGUUUCUUCCGUUAUCGGGGGAAGAAGAGAAGAGCAAGUUUUAAGGACGUGGAAAUCGACGUGCACAUAUUCAAGUUAUUUGGCAAACAAAAUGCCAGUUUGCUGUGCUUCACUCUCAUCAUUUUACAAUCCUAAAGUCACAUCGUGCCCUUCCUGCAGCUGUGGAUGUAACGUUUCUGACCGGGUCCCAAAAUCAUGUAUUAGAGAUGAUUCAAUUCCGUCAGAUUCGCCAAAUGUUGAUAUAGUUCAAUGCACUGACCAUAUGUGUCCACUUCGGAUUCACUGGCAUAUUAAGAACAAUUACAUGGAUCAUUGGAGAGUAAAACUGACAGUCUCGAAUUACAACUAUGAGAAAAAUUACUCAGACUGGAAUGUUUUGGUUCAACAUCCUGGCUUCGGACAGCCUGCCUCUGUGUAUAGCUUCAACAGCACAAUGCUUCCAGCUAUUGGUGUCCCAGAAGAAGUUGCCCUUUUCUGGGGGAAGCCCUUCUACAACACUGAACUUUUGCAAGCUGAUAAAGAUCAAUUGGGUUCUGUGACUACAGAAAUACUUUUGCAAAAAGAUUCAGAAUCAUUUACACUGAACAAUGGAUGGGCUUUUCCAAGAACAAUAUAUUUCAAUGGUGAAAAUUGCCAAAUGCCACUACCAGACACCUUCCCCAUGCUACCAAAUGGCAGCACUGCUUUACAUAGCCAGUUUCUUCUUCAUCUAAUUGCAGUCUAUUUGACGUACAGGAUAUUUGUUGGAUUUUGA